AAGGAAGGCGUAGUAGACGCUGCUGAUGCGGCAAACCUCAAUACAAGUUUAGUUUAGAUACCAUCAGAUGAUCUAAAUACCGUUUAAAUAAAUCGUGCGUUCUUGUUGAAUUUUUAUUGUGUUUGUUUUUGUUUUUGUAAAGUGAGUGUUGAAAAAAGCAAGCUUAAAAAUAAAAUAAAUUGUUAACUUUAGCCGCUUUUAACUAGGUCAAAAAGGUUUUACUCCCCACCUUGAAUAUCUGCGGGACUCGCGAGAGGAGAGGAGAGGAGAGGAAAUAAAAAACAAGUUUAGUAAUUUUAUUUUACUUUCUGUCAACAUGGAUCCAAAUCUCUUAAACCCUUCAGAGACAGAAACAGAGGUUAAGAAGGUUCUCAACAACACUGUAGAAGGAAAGAGGAAGUGGAAACAGAAGGAGAAGAAGGGGAAGGAAGGGCAUGAGAUUCAGACCAAAUCGAGAAAAGAUCGACACCUUAAAGUGGAAGGACGCGGUGGAAGAGUUAGGUUGCCUCCUCUGUGUGCUGCCAGGAUUUUUCAACUGACUCGAGAGUUAGGUCACAAAACCGACGGCGAGACUCUCCAGUGGCUUCUCCGCCACGCUGAGCCGUCGAUUAUCUCCGCCACCGGUACUGGAAUCAAACCCGCCACCGACUCCGUUUCUCAACCUCCUCCUCACGCCGUCGAUUUGAACCUAGACGGAGGUUCAAGGUCCCAACUUGCAAAUGGGUUUUGGGAAAAUGAGACUGGGUUUGGUAUUGUUGGAGCCAAUCCUACAGGAGGAGGAUUUGAUUUGAACUGUGGAAUUGGGUUUCUUGGGUUUGAUUUCAAUGGCUCUUCAGACAUGGGUUUUGAGAACAAUCAAAUGCCUCAAGUUGGGGUUUUGAAUCCGCGGAUUUAUCAGCAAAUCGGUCAAGAACACGCUAAGGUGCUUCAGCAUCAUUAUCAUCAUCCACAUGAAGCUCAGCAAGAGAACGCAGACAAACAAGGGUCUUAAAGCUUGAACCUUUAGUGGUUCUCUUUACUUAGAUAUGCAUAUAUAGUUUGUGAGAUGUCUGAGAUAUAUGCUUUUGGUGGAAUCUCAAGCUUAGUAUAGCUUUUAGGGAAUGCAUUUUGUGGCAAAAUGUGCUUAUUUUAUAGCUUAGUUUGCUUAAACUCUCUCUAAUCAAUGGCUUUGAUGUACUUAAUCACGUUAUAAAGUUACUAAGUAGGUUUUGCUCCUUAAAAGUGCACUGAA